AUGGCCGCAGCUAUCACGGUAGAGGACCUGCCCAGGCUCCUUGCAACCGAUAUCGCCGUCAAAGUCGCCGGCAUCGACUGCGAUGGCAUCCUCCGCGGCAAGGUAAUGCACAAAGACAAGUUCCUCGGAAUCGCAGAGAAAGGAUUCGGCUUCAGUUCCGCCGUAUUUGGAUGGGAUAUGCAGGACGUGCUCUAUUCUAAUGAUGCCAAAAUCGCCAGCCCCGAGGAAGGAUAUGUCGACUUCAUUGCGGUUCCUGACCUGAGCACCUUCCGGCGCAUUCCCUGGGAAGAUGACAUUCCGUUCUUUCUCGUGCGGUUUGUUCAGAAUGGAGAGGAAGUUGUCGCGGAUGGUCGGAAUAUGUUGAAGGAAAUAUCGGACAGGUUGGAGGAAGCGAAUUGCCAGGCGUUGGCUGGGGUGGAACUGGAAUUCAUGAACUUCCAGACUCCAUCGCAGGAUGGGUAUGGACAAGGCCAGGGACAGAUUCAUGAUCUUGCUGCAUUUCUGGAGAAUAAUCCCCCUCGAGCCCUGCGGCCGAUCACCUCAGGCAGCUUCUCCUACAGCGCAACACGCCCGGUCGCAUUUAAGGAAUACUUCUAUGACGUUUUCAAUACCAGUUGUCAAUUCAAUUGCCCCAUUGAAGGAUGGCAUACAGAAGGGGGACCGGGUGUAUACGAAGCAGCCCUAAAAGUAUCACCAGUAAACGAGAUGGCAGAUAAAACAGCACUCUUCAAGCUCCUGGCAAAAUCAAUUGGACUAAAAUAUGGCAUCACCCCGUGUUUCAUGGCAAAGCCAAUACAAGGCCAACCCGGCAGCUCUGGCCACAUCCACAUCUCGCUCUGCUCCCAAGAUGGCAAGAAUCUCUUCGCCCGAGAAUCCCAAGACCCUGAAGCUCCCUGGCCCGAUGUCGCUGCAGUAUCAGACUUAGGCCGACACUUCCUCGGAGGCCUUCUAGAGGCAUUGCCCGAUAUCAUGCCCCUCUUCGCACCAACCAUCAACUCAUAUAAACGCCUCGUCGAGAACUACUGGGCCCCGAUAAAUAUCAGCUGGGGAUUAGAGGACCGCACAGCCUCUAUCCGCAUUAUCGCCCCGCCCGUGUGCAAACCAGGAGCCACUCGCUUCGAGAUCCGUAUUCCCGGCGCAGACCUGCAUCCGCACUACGCGCUGAGUGCAAUUCUAGCCGCUGGAUGGCGCGGUGUGCAGAAGGAAGUUAAUAUAACGGUGCCCCCUUUAUCGGCCAUGACGCUGGAUAUGCCAAAGCCAGGGCUAUUGCCAAAUACGCUGGAGCUGGCGCUGAAGAGGUUCAGUGCAAAGGGGAGCAUUGCGCGGGAAAUCCUCAACGACGAGUUUGUGGACUUUUUUACGGCUACGCGUGAUCAUGAGUUGCGUGUAUGGCGUGAGGCUGUGACAGAUUGGGAGUUUAAACGGUAUAUUGAGACCGUAUAG